CUGGCGGACAUGAUGAGGAAGGACCCGCUCGAGCUACGUCGGCAGGUCGGGACUUGGGGAGGUACGGGGUACCUAGGUACGUACCCGUUGCAGGGAGCUGCUGCUUGGUGCUGGUGCUGAGGCUCCAGGCUGCUCGAGCUGUCGUCAACUUGAAUCAGACCCAUCCAUCCACCUCCAUCGCAAACCACAUCCCGCCUCCCGCCUCCCGCCUCCAGAGUCGCAUCUCGGGUUGUUGACUUUCCCAACACAUCACCACGCCAUCCUUGCCAUCUUCGACACAACCCAACCUUCCUCUCUUUUGACCACUCCCAUCUGCACCCAACCCAACCCUCAAUUCCUACGUCUCGCAAGCACCAUGGACCAGUUCAGAGGACUGUUGAGUGGCGCCCGUGGCCAGCUCGGUGGUGCUCAGCCCGGAUCGGAUAACUCGACCCUGAUCGACAACUCCGAGACCGUCUACAUUUCCUCCCUCGCCCUCCUCAAGAUGCUGCGACACGGUCGGGCAGGUGUGCCCAUGGAGGUCAUGGGUCUGAUGCUGGGAGAGUUCGUCGAUGACUUCACCGUCCGCGUCGUGGACGUGUUUGCCAUGCCACAAAGCGGUACCGGUGUCAGUGUCGAGGCUGUCGACCCCGUUUUCCAGAUGAAGAUGAUGGAGAUGCUGCGGCAAACAGGAAGGCCCGAGUCCGUCGUUGGAUGGUACCACUCCCACCCCGGUUUCGGCUGCUGGCUCUCGAGCGUCGACAUCAACACCCAGCAGAGCUUCGAGCAGCUCACCCCCCGAGCCGUCGCCGUCGUCGUCGACCCCAUCCAGUCCGUCAAGGGCAAAGUCGUCAUCGACGCCUUCCGGUUGAUCAACCCUCAGUCUCUGAUGCUGGGUCAGGAGCCCCGCCAGAGUACAUCGAACUUGGGUCACCUGAACAAGCCCUCUAUCCAGGCGCUCAUACACGGCCUGAACCGACACUACUACUCGAUCGGCAUCAACUACCGCAAGACGGCGCUCGAGGAGAACAUGCUCAUGAACCUCCACAAGCACCCUUGGACCGAGGCACUGCAGAUGGACGACUUCCGGUUAGAGGCGGACCACAACAAGGAGAGGCUGGAGAGGCUGGUCAGCCUGGCAGACGGCUACGAGAAGCGCGUCAAGGAGGAGACGGAGCUCACAAAAGACCAGCUCAAGACGCGCUACGUCGGCAAGCUGGACCCCAAGAAGCACCUCGAGGACGUCGGCCAGCAGCUCAUCGAGGACAACAUUGUCGCCGUGUCCAAGCAGAUGAUCGACAAGGAGGCGACCAUGCCCAAGAAGGAGGGCGCCAGCGGCUCAAAAGAUGCUGCGAACGGCGGGGAGAUGGAUAUCGACAGCUGAUUUCUAGGCUCUGGUGUGGUGGAAUGAUACGAUUCAUGGUAAACCAUAAUGGCACUGUACGACUAACAUGGCGUUAGACUUGGCAUCAGGCUGGGAAGGGCUGAAGGUAGAUAGGUAGACGUGAAUCUCAGAACCGUCUGGCUCAGCCUGCGUUCCGCACGCUAUCGACCUGCCCCUACUUGGUCGCUCAAAGAUUGACGGACUCUGCCUCCUUCCUUGGAAUACAGCACAUCUCAUGA